GCGGCGCCGGCGACGAAGAAGCCGUGUGGCCCGAGGUCGCGGUGGCCCUAGUGGUGGUGGGCCCCGGGGGGCUCGCCUCAGCCUGCCCCGUCUCCGAUGCAUCCGCGGCGCCCGGACGGAUUCGAUGGCUUGGGCUAUCGAGGCGGUGCCCGGGAUGAGCAGGGCUUUGGCGGCGCCUUCCCUGCCAGGUCCUUCAGCUCCGGGUCGGACCUGAGCCACUGGGUGACCACUCCCCCAGACAUCCCCGGUAGCCGCAACCUGCACUGGGGAGAGAAGAGCCCGCCCUACGGCGCGCCCGCCCCCUCCACCCCGCUCGAGGGCCCCGCGGAGGAACCGUUUCCCGGCGGCAGCAGCAGCGGCGGCGGCGUGCAGGGGCAGAGCAGCGAGCAGUUGAAUAGAUUUGCUGGAUUUGGUAUUGGCCUUGCAAGUCUCUUUACAGAAAAUGUACUGGCCCAUCCUUGCAUUGUCCUGCGCCGCCAAUGUCAGGUUAAUUAUCAUGCUCGGCAUUACCAUCUCACUCCAUUUACAGUCAUCAAUAUUAUGUACAGCUUCAACAAAACUCAGGGACCAAGGGCCCUUUGGAAAGGAAUGGGCAGCACGUUUAUCGUCCAGGGAGUCACGCUUGGAGCAGAGGGAAUAAUCAGUGAAUUCACACCUUUACCAAGAGAGAUUUCACAUAAAUGGAAUCCUAAACAAAUAGGAGAACACCUUCUACUGAAAUCCCUCACUUACAUGGUGGCAAUGCCUUUUUACUCAGCAAGUCUGAUUGAAACAGUACAGAGUGAGAUAAUACGAGAUAACACUGGAAUCUUGGAAUGUGUUAAAGAAGGAAUUGGAAGAGUGAUGGGCCUAGGGGUGCCUCAUAGCAAACGACUGCUUCCGCUUCUUUCCUUGAUCUUCCCCACUGUGCUGCAUGGGGUUCUGCAUUACAUCAUCAGCUCAGCCAUUCAGAAGUUUGUCCUGCUAAUUCUAAAGAGAAAGACGUAUAGUAGCCAUCUAGCUGAGAGCACUAGUCCGGUGCAGAGUAUGUUGGAUGCUUAUUUUCCAGAACUUAUUGCUAACUUUGCUGCCAGUCUUUGCUCUGAUGUUAUACUUUACCCAUUGGAAACAGUUUUGCACCGCCUUCACAUUCAAGGAACACGCACAAUCAUUGACAAUACAGACCUUGGCUAUGAAGUGCUUCCAAUUAAUACACAGUACGAGGGUAUGAGAGACUGUAUCAAUACUAUAAGGCAGGAGGAAGGAAUGCUUGGUUUUUAUAAAGGGUUUGGUGCUGUUAUAAUACAGUACACACUGCAUGCAGCUGUUUUACAGAUUACCAAAAUUAUUUACUCUACCCUUCUUCAAAAUAGUGUGUGAGACUAACUCAGUUCCUGGUUAGUCUAAAAGACAUAAUCUGGGUACUUUGUUAUGAAAUUAUGUGGGAUAAAAGUGAAAUACUGGGGGAAAGUGGAUUAGAAAGUGAAACUGGUAAAAAAAAGCCCAUGCUGAUUAUAUUGACCCUUCUUUUUUUAAAAGGUAUAGGUAUAUAUUUUGGAUGAAAAAUAUCCCAAAUUUGAAAACUCAAUGAAAGUAACACUCGUGAAUUGAAUUCUAGCUAAUGUAGCACUCAUGCUAAACUAAAAAGACCCUGGGCAGAAGCAAAAAUUUGUCAGCAAAUGUAAAACAAUAUUUCACAGAGCUAAGUUUAUUCCAUCUGACUUCAAUAUUUAUUAGAAAUUUAUUUCACCUUCUAGAUUGAUAUUGGUAUGACAUCCUUAAUCUAGUGUAUAGUAUCAGGAUGGUUUACCUUUAAACAAAUAAACUGUGUCAUCCGUGGUAAAGAUGAGAAGGAUUAGAUUUGGCAGUGUGUAAGCAGGACUUGAAGAGUUUUAAAUUGCAUUGUCCCUGUACAACUUUUUAAUGGCUGAAUAUUUAUUAUAUAAAGCCAUUUAUGUGCACACAUAUAACUCGGAAUUUCCUUCAUCUCUAUAAAGUUUCCACUCUUAGAUCAGCUUAUUUCAUAAAAUGAAUACUUACUGCUUGAAUAUCAGAAGAAAACAUUAAAAGACAAGGUACCCAAAAGAUGUAAGGCAAACAACCUACUUGUCCAUAUCCAAACCCAGCGUUUCGAUGCCAGCAACUGAAACAUCCAUCAUAUGUUUAUAAAGUUUGAUUUGCUUACUUAGAUAUGUGAAUCAUCAGUCUGGUUUUAGACCACUCCUAAGAUAGAAUAGAAAAUAAUCAUGACAACUAUUACUGUUUGCACAUUUAUGGAUUGUGUACUGAAAGAAAUGUUUCUUGCCUUAUAUUUCUGAAUGAUUUGUCUUAGAGGAGUGACAAUUAAAAUUUACAUGGGAAUUUGUGCCUCUUGCCUUUUGUAUAGUCAUCAUUAAAUAAUGGCUUCAGUUUUUAUUUUAUUCUAGUUUUUGUUUGUAGUUUCAUUCUCCAAACCAGAUCUACAUAAAGGGAAAAGCAAGUUUAUCCUUAUCACCUUUUAUUUAAACUUGUUUGGAUGAAUAACAAAGGAAAAAUAAAAACUUUAAAGGAAGUUUGUCCUUGCUUUUUACGAAUGAGGAAAAGAAGUAAAUCUCAAAAAAUAAUAAGCAAAAACGUUGUUAUCAGUUUGUUAAAAAAAAAAAAAUUCUUCCUGUUAAAUUGAAGUUGGUGGGUGAGGUUCUUGUAUAAUAAAAUAAUAAGCAUUUGACUGACCCAAACUUAAACAUUUUAAAGUUUCAUUUCCUCACAUGAAUGAUCACAGUCAGUUUUACUACAAACUGUUUAGCACACAAACGCAGUGACUGCACUGGUGUUGUCCAAUCUAGAAGGUAUACAGACUGAGACUUACUUGCUAAGUGUCAGCAAAAUAGUUACUUUUUGUGAUUAAUAGUUUUAGAACCAAAAAAUGAUAUCCCCAAAGUGCCAAACAGUAUGUAAGUAGAAAUUUUCUCUACAAUCUUAUGUGGUAGGUGUGUAUGUUGUUGUUUUUUUUUAAACUAAAACACAUAAGUUUUCCCUUUUUAAAUUCCACCAAGAGGGGAAAAUAAAACACCACUGAUCACGUGUUGUACUUUGCAGUUAAUGUUUUGGGUUAUGGUUUACUUUGCCCUACCUAUGACACCUAAAUUGUUUCCAAUGCUUUGAACUGCUAAAUAAAUGUUUAGAUGUUUAUAAACUGUCCAACUUCCAAUCAUUUUUAUUGUAAUCAAGAUGUUUCAAAUAAGAGUAAACUUUAGAAAAUACCAAGUUUCAGAAAAUUUCUACAAGAACAGAAUCUGAAUGGAAUCAAGUAUUAACUAGUGAAAAUCCAUGCGAUCCUUUAUCUAGUUAAAAAUCAAAUAUUUCAAGAUUAUUUGAUGGAAGUAUAAAGAUUCAGUUAUAUAAAACUGUCUCAUAGAAUCAUUAUAAGACUGAUAGACUGAACUUGUGUGUACACAAGUAAGGUUGAUCUUCUCUUUGGAGAAAGAAUGCAAAUUAAGAUUGGAAUGUGGCAAGUAAAAUACUAAUUGUUCUUACUGCCAUUCCAAAUUAGUUGCAAUAUAAAAAUUCUUAAAAUUCAAGAACUUAAAUGCUGUCCAAAUAUGCUUAAAUGAAAUUAGAAAGGAAUAUGUGAAAUACACAUUAGGCACACUCUUUCCCUUUUAAAAUUUGCUCUCUUUCUUUAGCAUAUAGGUACCAAAGUCAAAUAUCCAUUGGCUACAUCUUUUUUAAGAUGACAGUAGCUCAGAAUAUUUUAAAAUUCAGUAUGGUUAAUAGUAUUAUGACUAAGAUCCUAUUAAAAUGUUCCAGAGGCCCAGCGGUCCUCUUACAUAAGCCAGGGUUUGGCCAUGGAGCUCAGAUAUGAUAUGCUUGCUUUACUCUGUAGGAUUUCUUAAUCAGAGUCAAAUAGUGUGAAAGUGAUUGAGUUAAAAACUGAAAAAUCUGAUAAAUACUGAGUAUGUUAUGUGAAUUUAUGAAUUGAUUUAGUACAUUUGCAUGUAAAUUUCUUUCCCUUGAGCUACCUUUCUCUAUUUUAUGCACCCUUGAAAAAUAAUCCCUAGGUUUAUAAAAUUUAUUGAAGCUUCCAAACUCCCAUCACUAGACGUUAUAAAUAUGAAAUAGUAAAAAAACAAUCUGAUUUCAAAAUGGCUGUGGUUUGGGAGGUUUGGUAAUUCAGCCAGUAUUUUCAGAAGCAAAACUGGAGAGAGAAGUCUCACUUUUGCAAACAUGCCUGACUACUCACAGCUGUCUUUUCAGCACUGGCUUUGUUACAACUGAACCAAGCAUUCACCUUACUGACUUGGCAUGAAUGCUUCAAUAUUUCUGUGUAUUCAUACAUCUGCUUAGAAAAUAAAAUACAGUGCUUUGCUAUUUGUUUUUUUCUACUGAGAUUGUGGAGGGUAUUUGCCUUCAGUUUGCUUACUAGAUCUUUUGGAACAUGAGAGACUAUUUGCCAGCUCUUGAAAAGAUAUUCAGGGUUGAAUUAAUUACUUUCAAUAACAUGUAAGCAAAUAAAUCCCCUUGGUAGCAACCACACUGCAAUAGAAUUUGAGUGAUAUUUUGGCAUAUCUGCUUUCUCUUCUCUUUAAAGUAGCUGCGCAUUUCUCUUGCUCUCUCUAAUAUAAACUGGAUGUAUACUGUCUUUCAAGUCAUUGAGUAUCACUAAUAUGAUACCAAGUUGUAUAGCAGAGUAACAAAAACUUGUGAUUUAACAAUGAAUCUUACACAGUAUUACCUCAGCUAGACAAGGUGUGUGUGUGUGUGUGUGUGUGUGUGUGUGUUUAAGUUGUUUUUGUCUAGUAUUUUAAAUGUUUUCAGUAAAUUGUGUAAUAUGAAAAGGUUCAAUAAAAUGUUGAAAUAAAAA